AUGAAGAUGGUGAUUCAGGUGCUGACGGGGGAGGCGAGUCCUCCGGUUGUUCCGGUUGAAUGGCCGGCGUUCGUGUGGCCGGCGGGAGGUAGGCCGUCGGAUUGCUCUACCAGUGGAAGCCAAGGUAGUUUAUUUUCUCAAUUGUCACUAUAG